AUGAAGUGGGGUGUGGGAGAAGAAGAGCUUCGAGACGCAUGGCAGCAAGACAAAUUGAAAGAAUUUAUUCUGUUCCAAAGCUCCCAGAUACCAUAUACUUGGAUUCACAAUGAGAGCCAUUGGAUAAGUCAGCAGGAUGGCUUUGCUGCCAACAAAGUGACUGAUUUUAAUCUCGUGUUUGAAUCUCAAAAACAUGUGCUCAAGCCCGCAGAUCAGCAAGUAUCAUAUCAGCUGUGGAAGCCACGGGAAAAGCUCGGAGGCUAUGUGUUUCUUUGCCAGAUUCGAAAUGGAUACAUCCCCGGCGCCGACGAGGACAACUGGAUUUGCCUUGGAUUCUGCACAGCUCGGGAUGGCGGCGAAACCCAACAAGUGGCGAAGCUAUACAGAGAGCUCCUCGAUAGAUGUGUAUUCGAAGAGUUCUGGAAGGCCAUGGUAGAGUCGAAGAUGGUCGACCUGUUCAGAAAGUACGGCCUCGGCGAUGCCAUCGCAGAAUCGCGGAAUUUCGAGACCCUUUUGAGCGCUGUUGGAACGAGGCACCAGAGUGUAUGGGAAUUGAAACGGUUCACUCGCUUGUCGUCUCCACAACCUCACCGUAGUGUUACUGUGGAUUAUGGAUUCUACAACUGUCAAACACCACUGGAGCUACGUGACCUCUGA